CUCACAGAGACGCUGUCGUCAGACGCAAACGGGGCCGAGGGACGCGUUCAAGUUCAUUCCCAAGUUAUAAGUUUCGAGAAGGACGUGCUGUCCAGCGGCCUCUUACUCGUUUCUCGUUCGUUUGUAGGGUGGCAGGUGCGUGGCGAGAGCCUCCCCCCGCGCGUUUCCCAUUCGACGAGAGGAGCAGAGAGGAGCGGAAUGUAAAAACGGCUCGUCGCCGCGAGGCGAGCUUCGGCAGCGCGAGCUCCGCGCACGCACGGACGCCAGAGAUUCAGAACUCGACUCGAGGAACCAAGUAAGUUGGAGGACGCUGCACGAGACGUCGACCGACCAACCGUCCUCUUUCCAUAUCGACGGAAAGUCUCUCUCUCCUGCGGCCGUGGAAAUACCAAUUAUGACUUAUAUUAUUCGCGAAAUAUUUCGUUGCCAAAACAUAGCGGCAGCUGUCUGGGCAGGUACGACUAAAGUAAGAUAAGUUUUAUUUUUCUUUUUUUUUUCCACCCCUUACGGUUUCGGUUUUUCCGCCGUGUGUAUGAGGGCGGUCUGUGGAACAGCUUGUUCCCCCCCCCAGCACGUUUUCUCGCCUUUUUUGUGGACACGAGUGGAUACGAGAGUGUGCUGGAGAGAGAUGCGCCUUUUCUUUCCGUGAACCUGUUGUCUUCUCUGUUCUGCGGUGGACGGUUACGGCAGUUUGAAAGUAGAGCGUCCUCCUACGGAUAUAAUAAAGUCGGUGGAAUAUUAAGGUCAAAAUCCCAGGCUCAUCCUAAAGAACGUGGGUUCCCCGGACUGCAAGAAAACAGAAACCAGCGACUCACACUGGGAAAGCUAAACUGGCUAGUCGAAUAGAAACUUAACACAAGAAGGAGGAGGGGGGAAAAAAAAACAAAAAAAAAAAAAAAACCGUUGGACGCGGUGACUGCUAAAAACUGAUUGAACUCGUCGAAGUGGUUUUGGCGGCGGGCUAAAUGUGUUAUUUUACCUGACUUAUACCGACCGAACUCUUAAUUCCCUGGUAAACAAUACUCCAGCGAAGAACAAAAACACGCAGGGAUUUGUAGGAGAUCGCGGCUUUAAGCGGAUAAGUGAAAAUCCCACGCUCACUAAUGAAAUAGGGGCUUUUUUUCCCCCUUCUCCUCUGCCCGCUUUCUACUGACUGAGCGCCAGCGAAACAUGAAGUAUGGGGAGCAGCAACAGAGGAGGGACCAGUCCCGGGCGCGCGGCCGCCACUGCGCCGGGACCGCGCCGGGCGACGUGACGCCGUCGCUGGAAGAGCCGCACGGCCGCGCGGUGCGGCGGGAUCUCCGCUCUGGGGACGAGCGCGCCCGCGCGAGUUGUGCGCGCGGGCAGCCCGCCGCCGUUGAACUGAGCGGAGGUGGAGGUGCGCGCAGCCGAGCCGAGGGCGCGACGGAAGCCGCUGGAGGCGCUCGCUGUUGCGCAGCCGGACCCGGCGAGGACCCCGGGAAGAAGGGUGGCAUCACCGUACCGCCGUGUGCGGACGGCCACAUGGCCUCCCUCACCACGGGCGAAACGAUGGAAGUUUCCCGCCACAGAGAGGGAACCAGAGGGGGUGUGAAGAAGUGUCCGAGCGGCACGAGGAGGAGCAGAAAGUUGGCGCGCGGUGUGUGGACUUUGUGGGGAUUCCUCUGGUUCGCGUCGCACGUGUCGGCGGCCGCGGCUCAAGACGACGUGGCACCAUAUUUCAAGACAGAGCCGGGCGCUGCGCAAAUCCACCUGGAGGGCAACCGCUUGGUGCUGACCUGCCUGGCCGAGGGCAGCUGGCCGCUGGAGUUCAAGUGGAUGCUCAAUGGCACGGAUGUCACCGCCUUUUCUCCCGAGUACAAGUACACUAUCCCAUCCCUGCAGCGAUCCCACGCUGGGUUCUACCAGUGCAUCGUGCGAAACAGGAUGGGGGUGCUGAUGCAGAAGAGGGCAGAAGUACAAGUAGCAUACAUGGGCAACUUUGUGGAGCAGGAACAGAGGAAGACAGUGGCACAGGGGAAGGCCGCUGUCCUCAACUGUCCGGUGGUCCACAGCUUCCCCCGCCCGCAGGUCACGUGGUUCAGGGAUGGCUACAAGAUCAUCCCCAGCGAAAAAGUAGCGAUCACCUUGGAUAAUCAGCUUGUGGUGCUGGCAACGGCCGCGUCUGAUGCUGGAAGGUACUACGUCCAAGCCGUGAACGAAAGGAAUGGGGAGAACAAGACAAGUCCGUCCACUUACCUGAGUAUUGCAGUAAACAAGAAGAAUCGAGGACCUCUUGAUGCAGAUGCCUCCUCUGAGCCCAUUGCCCCGGUGAUAGUGGUCCCGCCCAAGAACACCACAGUCGUGGCAGGGGCUAGUGAAGCGACGCUGGAGUGUGUGGCCAAUGCGAGGCCAGUGGAGAAACUGGCUUUAUCCUGGAAGCGGAACGGCCUGAAGCUGUCGAGCGGGUUGGGCACGUUCGGCCGCAGGCUGACCAUACUGAACCCCACUUCGGCGGACGCCGGACUCUACGUGUGCGAGGCCACUCUGCUCAACAGCAGCACCAAGGCUGCAGAGUCCCGGGCCCAUCUCUCUGUCACAGAGGCACCUUUCUUCACCGCAGAACCUUUAAGGAACACCAUGGGAGAGGUAGACAAAAAUGUUGACAUCCAGUGCCAAGCGAGAGGAGUGCCCAUGCCCAGGCUGGAGUGGUACAAAGACUCAGUGCCCCUGAGCAAGCUGAACAACUCGCGCUACAAGGUGGUGCCCAGCAUGGGCCUGCAGGUCCGCAGGGUGAACCCUAAUGACACGGGGAUCUUCCAGUGCUUCGCCCGCAACUCGGCUGGAGAAGCCCAAGUGCACGCCAACCUGGUCGUCACAAGUGUAGCGCCUGUUUUUGCAAGCAUACCCUCUGACAUCACAGUGACGGACGGGGCCGCGGCAGUGUUCACCUGCAAGGUCUCCGGCGCCCCAAAACCAGCCAUCGUCUGGAGGAGAGGCUCUCAGAUUUUGGCCAGCGGCUCCGUCCAGAUCCCGCGCUUCUCCCUGCUGGAGUCAGGAGGGCUACAGGUCAAGCCCAUCACCCCACAGGAUGCUGGGAACUAUACCUGCUUUGCCAGCAAUUCGAAAGGAACCAUCAGUGCCACAGCAACCCUAACUGUCUGGAGUCGCACCUCCAUCUCACGCGCUCCCGAAGACCGACGUGUCAUCAAAGGCACCACGGCUGUGCUGGACUGCGGGGCCACCCAUGACCCUAGAGUUUCCAUCAGGUAUGUGUGGAAGAAAGACAACACAGUGGUCAGGCAGACCAGCGGGGGGCGUAUCAGCCUGAAUGAGGGCUCUCUGCAUAUCAGCCAGACGUGGUCGGGGGACAUCGGGGACUACGCCUGCACCGUCCUCUCUGAGGCCGGCAAUGACUCCCAGUCCGCUCGCCUGGAAGUUAUCGAACUUCCGCACUCUCCGCGGAACCUGCAAGCCACGCUGAAUUCCACAGACAGCCGCAGCGUGGACUUGACCUGGGUGCGGCCCUUUGACGGCAACAGUCCCCUCCUGCACUACGUGGUGGAGCUGUCGGAGAACAACUCCCCAUGGAAGAUCUACUUACCCAAAGUAAGCCCUGCGGUGACGAGGGUAGCGGUGAAAGGACUCACCCCAGCCCGUACCUACCAGUUCAGAGUGUGUGCCAUUAACCAGGUGGGGAAGGGACAGUACAGCACAGAGACCAACAGGCUAAUGCUCCGAGAAGAAGCGCCGAGCGCCCCUCCCAAAAACAUUGUGGCAAGUGGCAGGACCAACCAGUCCAUCAUGGUUCAGUGGCAGCCACCCCCAGAGCCCGAGCUGAACGGUGUGCUGAGAGGCUACGUCCUCAGGUAUCGCCUCGCUGGCCUUCCUGGAGAGUACCAACAGAAGAAUAUCACCAGCCCAGAGAUUAACUACUGCCUGAUCAGGGACCUCAUCAUCUGGACACAGUAUGAAAUCCAGGUGGCUGCGUACACUGGAGCGGGCCUGGGCGUGUUCAGCCAGCCCGUGAUGGAGUACACUCUGCAGGGAGUGCCAACGGCACCCCCUCAAGAUGUCGAGGCUGAGGCCUUGAACUCAACGACAGUGAAAUUCUCGUGGAACCCACCCCCACAGCAGUUCAUUAAUGGAAUCAAUCAAGGGUAUAAGCUCUUGGCAUGGCCAGAACAGUCUCCGGAAGAUAUUACCGUGGUGACGAUCACCCCCGACUUCCAUGGCGCCCGACACCUGGGAUACAUCGUUGGCCUGAAGAAGUUCACCUGGUACCUCACAUCGGUGCUGUGCUUCACAACGCCAGGGGAUGGGCCCAGCAGCCUGCCGCAGCUGGUGCAGACCCAUGAGGACAAACCAGGCCCAGUGGGGCACCUGAGCUUCACAGAGAUUUUGGACACCUCUUUGCGAGUCAGCUGGCAGGAGCCUAUCGACAAGAACGGCAUCAUCACGGGGUACUGGGUCUCCUGGGAGGUGCAGGGGAAUGCUUCCUCUCGAGUGUCACGUACCAUGAGCAACACCACGCUGGAGUACAAAGUGACGGGCCUCACCUCCCUCACGACCUACACCUUGGAGGUGGCAGCCAUCACUGAUGCCGGCAUGGGGACCGUCACCUCUUCCACAAUCUCCUCGGGGGUCCCGCCAGAACUUCCCGGACCUCCAUCAAACAUUGUUAUCUCCAACAUAAGCCCUCGUUCUGCCACGCUGAAAUUCCGUGCAGGGGAUGAUGGGAAAACCUCUAUCUCCAAGUGGAUUGUUGAGGGCCAGGUGGGAAGCAUCGGAGAUGAUGAAGACUGGAGAGUCCUCUACGAGAAGGAGAAUGAGCCAGAUGCUCAAGUGCUGGAGAUCCCUAACCUAGUGCCUUUCACUCACUAUAGGUUCCGGAUGAAGCAGGUGAACAUCGUGGGUCCAAGCCCUGCGAGCCAGCCCUCCCGCGUCAUCCAGACCCUGCAGGCACCCCCAGAUGUGGCCCCCAGCAGCUUGACGGUGCGCACGGCCAGCGAGACCAGCCUGUGGGUCCGAUGGGCGCCAUUAUCAGAUUCGGAGUACAAUGGUAACCCAGAGACGGUGGGCUACCGUAUUAAGCUCUGGAGAGCGGACCAGCAGGGGGGGCCACAGAGCAAGACCGUAAAUGACCGUGUGGAGAGAGAGCUCACCCUGGAGGGUCUCGAGGAGUGGACCGAAUACUGGCUGCAGAUUCAAGCCUUCAACUCCAUCGGAUCCGGGCCCUGGAGCGAGUCUGUCAAGGGUCGCACACGGGAGUCAGUGCCCUCUGGGUCUCCGGAGAAUGUCACAGCAGAAGCCAUGAGCUCCACGAGGAUCCUAGUGAACUGGGGCCCAGUGCCUGAGCACGAGAAGAACGGAAACAUCCUGGGAUAUAAGGUACUGUACAAAGAGAAAAACUCGGGUUCAGAACCCCAGGUCCACGCGGUGAAAGGAAACCUCACGCGCUCCGCUCUGCUGCGGAACCUGCGCAAGUACGUCCUGUACGAGAUCCAGGUGCUGGCCUUCACUCGCAUUGGGGACGGGGAGCCCAGCAGCCCACCGGUGCUGGAGCGGUCCAAGGACGAUGUUCCCGGCCCACCCGUCAGGGUGGUCUUUCCAGAGGUGCGAUUGACAUCUGUGAGGGUGGUUUGGCAGCCCCCGGUCGACCCCAACGGCAUCAUCCUGGGGUAUCAGAUAGCCUAUCGCCUUGACGCCAGCGAUCCCAACAAAUUCACCACAGUGGAGGUGGGCUCCAAUGCCCGCCAGUUCACGGUGACCGGUCUGAUACCAGAGUCCGCCUACAUCUUCCGCAUCUCCGCCAGGACUCAGCAGGGUUGGGGUCAGCCCGAGGAGGCGGUGGUCAUCACCACGGAGAGACGAGACCGUCCCCAGCCCCCAAAGAAGCUGGCAGUCUCCCAGGGGGAGGUGCAGUCGCGCAGCCUACAGCUGUGCUGGGUGCCUGGCGGUGAUGGCUCAUCCCCGGUCCGGUACUUCACCCUGCAGGCGCGAGAACUGCCUGCCGGCGAGUGGACCACACACUCCUCUGCCAUCAGCCACAAUAGCACCUGCUGGGAGGUGGACCGGCUGAAGCCCUACACUUCGUACAAGCUGAGAAUGAUGGCGACUAAUGACAUUGGAGACAGCGCCUACAGCAGGGAGACAGAUGCAAUUACGACCCUGCAGGAUGUUCCUGAUGAGCCACCUGUUAUUUUGGCUGUAAAGCCAUCCACAACGACCUCUGUUCUCGUUCAGUGGCAGCCUCCUAAAGAUGAAAGUGUGAAUGGAGUUCUGGUGGGAUACCGCCUGUACUACCGUGAGCUGCAGUACGAGAGCGUCCCGGCCGUGUCCAAAGCCGUGGCCAACCACUCCACCACGCGAGCAGAACUUACAGCCAAAAGCACUUUCAAGACUGUAAGCAGUGCUUUGUUAACAGAAUUCGAGUUAACACAGCUGAGCAAGUACAAGCGCUAUGAGAUUGUGAUGACAGCCUACAACAUCAUUGGGGAGAGUCCGCCCAGCACCCCAGUGGAGGUGUUUGUAGGAGAAGCAGCCCCGUCCCUGCCGCCCCAGAACAUCCGGGUGAACUCCCUGUCGUCCACGCAGCUGGAGGUGGCGUGGGAGCCGCCCCCUGUGGAAACGCAGAACGGCAACAUUCAAGGCUACAAGAUCUACUACUGGGAGAAGGACAACCAGAACGAGACGGAGAAGGUAAAGAUUCUGUUCCUCCCAGAAGCAGCAAUAAGGCUGAAGAAUCUGACCAGCUACACCUCAUACAUGGUGAGGCUGCUGGCCUUCAACGCGGCAGGGGACGGCCCCUUAAGCGAGCCCAGAAGGGGACGCACCCUUCAGGCAGCUCCCAGUGCUCCCAGCUUCAUCGCCUUCUCCGAGGUUACCUCCAGCGCCCUCAAUGUCUCCUGGGGGGCCCCUCCGUCACCCAACGGUGUGGUGGAGGGCUACAGGGUGGUGUACGAGCCGUCUGCACCCAUACAUGGUGUAAGUAAGGUGGUCACAGUAGACAUCAAGGGCAACUGGCAGCGCUGGCUGAAGGUGCGAGAUCUGACCAAGGGGGUGACUUACUGCUUCAGAGUGCAGGCCAAGACCAUCAGCUAUGGCCCAGAGCUGGAGGCCAACAUCACAGCAGCCCCGGUGGAAGGAUCUCCCGGUUCUCCCAAAGAGACGUCAGUUACCAAGUCUUCGUCCUCUCUGACCAUUCACUGGUCACAAGGAGACACGGGGACAGGCCCUGUCACUGGUUAUGUAAUAGAGGCCCGUCCUUCAGACGAGGGCUUGUGGGACACCUUUGUGAAACACUUGUCCCCCAGCAGUACAUCUCACUCUGUGAGCCUGGAUCGCCUCAGGCAGGGGGUGAGCUACGAGUUCAGGGUGAUUGCAGUCAAUGACUUUGGCUACGGCGAGCCCAGCAUACCCUCUCCUGCCAUGUCAGCCCAGCUGGAGACGCCUUUCUACGACGAGUGGUGGUUUCUGGUCGUCAUGGCGCUGUGCGGUCUCAUCCUGGUCCUCCUGGUAGUGUUUGGGCUGGUGCUGCAUGGCCAGAGCAGAAAAUACAAAAGCUGCAGUCCAGGAAACCAUAUUUCAACCGUCGAGGAGACCGUGACACUUGACAACGGAGGUUUCACCGCACUUGAGCUAAACAACAGGCAUCUGAACGUCAAGAGCUCCUUUCUGAAGAAGAACGGGACGAGGUCUCCUCCCAGGCCCAGUCCCGGGGGCCUGACGUACUCUGAUGAGGACUUGUGCAACAACUACAAUGGAGCCGUGCUGACGGAGAGCACCACGCUCACCGAGAAGCCCGCCGAGAUCUCGGAGUCAGAGGCCACAGACAGCGACUACGAGGACGAGCGGCCCAAGCAUUCUUUCGUGAACCACUACAUGAGCGACCCCACCUACUACAACUCGUGGAAGCGGCAGCAGAAGGGCCUGAAGCAGACACCGGCCUACGCCUACGAGGAGUGUGCCGGCGGGGACGGCGAGGCCUAUUACCAGACGGUAGUGACCCAGCACAGCGUCGGAGGCGUGUACACGGCGACGGGCCAGCCUGCCCCCCCCGGCUCACGGACUCCUGUCACAGGGUUCUCCUCCUUCGUGUGAGGCGUUGUGUCGGAGGGGGCGCUGCGGGCCGCUGCCAAGCGGCUGACACCCUCGAUGCCAACAGAAGCAGUUGGAUUGGAGUGAAUCGUUUGUAAUUAGUCAUCAGUUCUGACAGAGAAUGGCUGCUAUUUACAGGAGAAAAAUACACCCUUUUCAUAUUGUAACCAGCUGGUGUGUUCCAUACUGUAAAAGAGAGAAGCUCCACUCUAUAUUAGCUCCAUUUUGCUUUGGACAAAAUGAAGGAAUGUUCCACGUAGAUGUUAACUGUAUCUGAAACAAAAUGGAAAAUCCCCUGCAAGAACGAAAGACGAUAUCUCUGGUGCGAUUGACUGUAUUUUAAUUUUAUUAAUUUUCUAUAGGAUGUGCUUAUUUAACAGAGGCCCGAUUAUGAGGUUUCGUGUUUAACGAUCGAGUACUAAGGAAGUACACAGAAGUGUUGUUGUCUUGAGCUACAUCAGUAUAAGCCCAGCAGAUAAAAUAAAAUCCCAUCUUAAAAGGAUUAUGAGAAAUUUCUUCAUAUUACUACUUGAUACCAAAUUACUACUUUAAUCCAAAAGACUGCACUUAAAAUCAAAUUAAUUGACUCCUGUUACUGGAGAUCACAUUAAUCAUAUUACUUGCAAUUCUCUCCAGAAGCUGAAUGCCCUGUACAUUGCACUUGAGAAUUUAGAGGAGACAGAAAAUGUUGAAGUUAUGAAAAGCGGCGUUAAAACAAGGGUUGCGAGGCAAGGGGGCAGAACAGGUUGUGAUUCCACACUGUAACAUCGGAAGAGAAGAGACAUUUCAGACAUUUCAGUCCACAAGUCACAGGUGGUAGAAAAAAGUUCAAUCCCUGUCCUGAGUUAACCUUGUGUUUGACACCACAGUAAAACUGAAGGAAGGUCAGUUGAACAGUACAUUUCUUGAUAGUGUGAACUGAUCUGCUGUCAAAUUGUCAUCAGUCUUGACAUCAGUUCCUUUUUGAGUGUAAGAGUUUCUCACUUGAAGAUUUAUGUUGUUUUAUUUGUACGAAUGUAAUGACAAGGUUUUUUGGUUGUAUGAAAUAAGAGAAAAAAUACUGCC